AUGGAGGAGAGCACCAACGUCGCUCAAGUAACGCAACGCCUACGCGAGAUUGAGGACCACAACAUCGCUCUUCGUUUGCAGGAAGAAGAAUUCAUGAGGCAUUACAAUCGGAAUCGAGAAGAUCGACGCCUCGUCGGCGAUGACACGAAGCGAUCCAUCAGAGAACAGUUGAACGAGGACGAAGCUGCUAGGAUGAGAAGGCUCGAAGCCAAUAAAAAAAUGUACUUUUCUGUUCUUCUCUUUUUGCGCUGA